AUGAUGGAGGCUCCGACACGCACAGGGCCAAUGGAUCCAGCCCAUGGCCACUCUCGCACACGAACGACCUCUUCCAACGUCUUUCCCUCGCAACAAUCGCAACACCACCAGUAUCAGCAGCAGCACUACGCUCAACAGCAGCACCCAUCACAGCAGCAGCACUAUAGCCAGCAUCCGCAUCAACAGCAUCAACAACAUCUGCAUCACCAGCAGCAGCUGCACCCCCAUCACCACGGCCACCACCAGCAGCAUCACCAGAUGCAUUCUGCUCAGCAGUACCACUCGCAGCAGCCGUCGCCGCACUCGGCCUCCAACCCCCAGCUAUGGCGCCGGUCGCCUUCCAUCGGGGCCUUUAGCACAUCCUCGAGCUUCCACCAGCCUCCCCCUGCCGCCUACCGUACUUCGACGAGUGAUCUCCGCCGUUCGACCUCGAGUCGCUCCGUCACCACCCAGGGUGGCGGCAGCAGCUAUGUCGCUCUACUGCGCAAGCAAAAAGCCACCGUCUGGUGCGAGCGCGCCCAGUACGAGGACCCCCGCGUCGUCGCCCAGCAGCGUGCCGCUAAGAUGCGUGCGAAUCUCGAGGUCGUCACCAGCAACAACACAGGCCGUACUCAGACCGGCCUCGCCUCCGCCAAGGUGGCCGGAAAGAUUCGACACGGCAAGGCUCCGGUCGUGGGCUAUGCCCCCGGUGAGACGCACGUCGGCGUCGGUGGUGUGCCGCUCCGCCUCAGCGCUAGGGAGAUUGACGGCGACGGCAGCGACGACGACGAUACCGGCCCCAUGAUGGCCUCCCGAAAAGACCAACAGCACCGCCGCGCCGGCAGCAGCAGCGGACGCAGCAGCACCGGAUCUGGCCGCCAGGCCCAAUACAGGACUUCAGGAAGCGGCACCCCCGCGCGCAACCCGAGCCUUGCCGGCACCCCUGAGCGUACCGAAAGCCUUGCCCACAAAUCUCAGCAGCACAAGCAGUCCAUCGACGAAUCGGCCGGCCCGACAGACGAUGCGGCGAGCGGACGUGCACAGAGCUCUCGAAGCGGCGGAAGCGAGCGUCGCGACGAUGUUCUCGAGCUUGGCCAGGGACCUAAGCUGGCUCACAACUCCAAGCUGCAUUCAGCUCUCACUAGAGAAAAGAGCGUCAAGAGCCCCGAGGAGCUCAAGCGUCGCGGAAGUGUCGACGAGCGAACAUCCACCCUUACCUCUGGCCGCCUCUUCAUCGCCAACCCUGAUUAA